AUGAGAGAGUUGUCAAAGUUCGACGGGCUGGUGCUCGGCUCAUCAGCCCCACCGACGACAAUGGCCCCGGCUUCGUGCUCCAUCGAGUUAUCGGCGGACCCAAUCGCUGAGGUCUUGUCCCCGGAUAAAGCGGGAUCGCUGCUGUCGAUUCAGUCAGCGCCGCCCGAGCAGAGCGAACGCAUCGAGCCCCGCGAGAGACCUGUCAGCUUGCUCCUAGAGCUGCCUUUAGCUACUCAAGUCGGCGCGUACCUGUCCGCGAUGUCCCCCACCGACCAGGAGGAGGACUCGCUGCUGACGCUCUCGUCGGUCACCGCGCGCCCGCUGCUCGCCGCCUCGAGGAAAUUACGGCCUCACAACGAAUCCACAGACAUCACAUCUCCACCAGACGGUGGUUACGGUUGGGUUGUAGUAUUCGGCGCUUUCAUGGUCCAGUUCUGGGUCGCAGGCCUUUUUAAGUCGUACGGAGUACUUUACGUUGAAAUUAUGGAAACGUUUCCUGACUCCUCGGAGAGCGUCGCGUCCUGGAUUCCCGCCGCUUUAUCGACGCUUUGCCUUGCACUGGCACCGCUUUCAUCAGCUCUAUGUGAAAAGUAUUCAUGUAGACUGGUGGUCUUCAUCGGGGGCUUGUUCUGCGCCACGGGCCUGGCCAUGUCGUUCUUUAGUACCGGCCUGCUGCACUUACUGUUGAGUUUUGGCGUUAUGACAGGUAUCGGAGGCGGUCUGUCAACGACUCCCGGCAUCGUUAUAGUGUCGCAGUAUUUCGAUAAACACAGAGCAUUAGCCAAUGGCAUAUGUGUGAGCGGGACAGCAGCUGGAAGUUUCGUUUUUCCGAUGUUGAUCGAAAAGUUGGUCGAAACGUAUGGUCUGCACGGAACCGUUCUGCUUUUAGGCGGCGGCAUGCUGCACGUGUGCGUGUCGGCGACGCUGUACCGGCCGCCGCCCGCGCCGCGCGCCGCCUCGCCCGUCACCACCACCGCCACCACCACCACCACCACCGAGAACACCACGCUGCUGAACGACAUACAGGAAGUUAAACCAAUAGUUCAAAACAAGGACAACAAGUUACAGAACCUCUUCCAACCAGAAACAGAAUUGACUUUGUCGUUGAACCAGAAGAACGCAUUGUUAAGUGAAGACAAACGAACGAAUUUCCUGAGUGAGAUCAUACACCCGAGUCUCAUCGAGGUUGCCCGACCACCACUACCAUCACAGAUGUCGGAUUCCGAAGAUUCGGAAGGUCUCGAUGUACUCGGAGUAGUCGGUUUACCAAAGGAAGUGGCGAGGUUACGACUACGCCCGACCCGCUCGUCAUCGAUCCUGCACUCCGUCGAGGACUUGUCGACAGACAGCACGUGUGUCUACAAAGCCAGGGGGAGGACACUGAGUCGGUCCUUAUACAUCAAGCCUCCGUUACCAAGUAGGAUCAUACAAGCCAAGCUGUCGGAGCCGGUCAACAGUGUGAAGAAGGACGAGCAAGAGUUAAAAGAAGAGGACGCGGAAGAGAAAAAGGAGAAGAGAGGGUGCGUCGAGAAAAUAUCCAGAUACCUCGACGUAUCGCUGCUGAAGUCGUGGCGGUUCGGUCUGCUGUGCGCGUCCGUCGCCCUGAUGUCGUGCGGGUCCCCGUACGCGCUGUACUACCUGCCCGCCUACACCGUGGCGGCUGGCCACAGUAAAGCGGCCGCUGGACGCCUGGUAGCGAUAAGCGCCGUGUUGGACCUUUGCGGCCGCCUCGGACUGGGAUGGCUCUGUGACUUGCAUUUAUUUUGCAGGCGAAAGGCUUAUAUUUUAAGUAUCAUUAUUGCCGGGAUUGCUGUUUUGUCACUCCCGAGUUUGUCGUCGUGGUGGAGUUUGGCUGUCGCGUCAGGAGCGUACGGGCUGUGCCUGGGCUGCUGGUUCCUGCUGGUGCCCGUGCUGCUGGCGGACGCGUUCGGGACCGCGCGCAUCGCGUCCUCGUACGGCCUCGUGCGGAUGUUCCAGAGCCUGGCGGCCGUCUCCGUGCCGCCCACUGCCGGCCUUCUUCGCGACGUCACCGGCGGCUACUCCUGGUGUUUCUACGGAAUGGGCUCCUGUAUGGUCCUCGGUUCGAUCCCUGUCAUAGCAUUCCACCUCAGCACUAAAAACGAAGACUCUGAAUCGUCCGUCGAUUGA